AUGUGCCUGGAGUCUGUUCACUUUUACUUGGCUCUGGUCAAAGUUUUCAACGUUUAUGUCCCAAAGUACAUCUUGAAAUGCUGCAUUGCUGGCUGGGGAGUGCCAGCCAUUGUAGUCGCUCUUGUGCUCAUAAUCAACAAAGACUCCUAUGGCAAUGGAUCACAUUCUGAGAGCCACCCAUUCAGCAAUUUCUGCUGGAUUCAGGAGAAUGCAGUGUUUUACACCUCUGUUGUGGCCUAUGUCUUCUUGAUAUUUGUGACAAACACAGCCAUGUUCAUCAUCGUUCUCAUUCAAAUCCACUCGGUGAAAUCAAGGAUGCAAAGGAGAUCUGCAUUCUGGAAACAAGGCUUUCUCCAAGACCUCAAAAGUGCUUUUAGCUUGAUGUUCCUUUUGGGAUUAAGUUGGGGCUUUGUCUUCUUUGCCUGGGGACCAGUCAGGAUAUUUUUCCUGUAUCUCUUCAGCAUUUUUAACACCUUACAAGGGUUCUUUAUCUUUGUGUUUCACUGCCUGCUGAAGGAUGAAGUAGUGAAGCAGUGCCGAGUCCACUUCUGCUGGGGAAGAUGUCAGCUGAGGGAUUACUCUGCCUGGAGCGGGUCAGGUGCGACUGCUGGAUCUACACCAAAGCAUUUAAAGCACAAAUCACCGCCCCAGGCUUUGUGGAAUGUGAAUUCUAACGGAACAAGUUCAACUGUCAACAGCUCAGAUUUCCUGCCCAAGCCUGUUCCAGACAUACACUUCAGGACUGCUGAAGUUUAUUACAACCCCAGCGCUGUGCCUCCAGACAACGCUGAGACCAAACAGCCUUGUUCAAGAAGGAUACUGCCCAUGGAUCCAGACCUGCACUACCCACAGAAUGCAAGAUUCUUUCAUUGAGGCUGGAUUGGUUUUCUUCUGGUUGUCUAAUGGUGGCUCUCUUUUUGUGGGCAUGCAGAAAUAAACC